UAAGGCGACCCCAGUUGAAGGUCUAGGCGUUCUAGGAGUGCUUCAAUUCAGAAAAAUAGUGUGUUGUGGCGACGUCAAACCCCGGCUAUUCUCAUAUCAUAAGGCCCUCGCCGCCAUGGCUUCUACGCAACAGACAGGGGUUUCUGCGCCUCCCUCCAAUGUGGAAUCUCCAACAGUGCCCUCUGGGGGCGCACCGCUCGGUGGGUCCCUAGCAGACACAAAUGUCAGAUCUUCUCCUGCGCCGCCUAGUAAUGCAUCAGUACAAGCCGAUAGUACAAGGUCGAAGCGCACAAAACGGGAUAGCCGCAAGAAGCGCGAGGCUAGAGCUCUGGAUCAAGAAUCACAGCCCACCAAGAAGAGGACUAUUACUGUUCAAAGCACCGCGCUUCCGAGUUCGGACUUAAGCAUCUUGCGACCUCUGUUGCUUGCUGAGCCUCGAGCUUCGGAUUUACUGCCCCCGCAACCUCGUCAGAUGAAUUUGGUGAACACAAAGAAGUCAGAGGUUACGGGUCAGAGCUGGGAUUUUUAUGAGGUUGUCGACAAGCUUACGAAUAAGAAUGGUUUCCGUUAUAGCUACGCAAUUGCCGACCCAGCCUUUCCACACAUCAAGUAUCGACAAACUGAUGUCUCACCCUACCAUGCUCGGUUUAGCUUUGAAGACUCACCCGCUGCGAUUCUCUUCACUGAAGAUGCUCGUGCUGUAACGACCAACGAGCCUUGGCAUACUGCACGAGCCAACGUGUGCGCGCGAGAAGGAUCUUACUAUUAUGAGGCGCGCAUAGUAAGUGGUGUUGUGAAUGAUUCACCGCCAGCUUCAGUUGGAAGCACUUUUCCUGCACGAGGUCAUGUCCGUCUCGGAUUCGCACGGAGGGAAGCUGAUCUUGAUGUCAAUGUCGGAAUAGACUGUUACGGCUAUGGUAUACGUGAUGUGAAUGGCGAGGUGGUCAACCGAAUGCGUUGCGAAUACUUCUUUCCAAAAGGCGAGUCCAUUCGAGAAGGGGAUGUCAUUGGGCUUCUAAUCACGCUGCCCCCCCUGGCCCUUCACAAGAAAAUCGUUGAAGGCACAUAUGAGCCCAAUGCCCAUGGUGAUGCUUCAAUCACGACUUCAGACCCACCGUCCGUCACCAACAUCAUCCGUGACCGCAUUCCGUUCCAUUACAAGUCCGAUUUCUGCUGGCAACAAUCAAAUGUUUUCCCCACGAAACAACUACGGGAUUAUGCAUUCAACCUUAAAGAGACGCCGACAUUCGGCCCGCCUUCCCCGCUCAAUGGCGAAGAUGCAUCUUUACGUACUCUUCCAGGUUCCAGUAUCACAGUAUUCAAAAAUGGAGUGAAGAUGGGCACUCCCUUCAAAGAACUGUAUGCCUUUCUCCCUCCCGCGAGCAGAUUGGCCAAUGGCACCAAUAAUCUGGGAAUUGGAGAGCGUGAGAACGCCGAUGAUGGGAUGAUCGGUUAUUACCCUGCUGUUAGUUGUUACGGUGGAGGUGCUGUUGAAUGCCGCUUCGAUGGCCCAUGGUGGUUUGGUCCGCCAGCCCAUACCGAGAGCAACGAGCCAGUGUACGGAAUAGGAGAGCGAUUUAACGAGCAGAUAGUUGAAGAUGUCAUCGCCGAUAUCGUUGAUGAAGUGGAAGCCAUGUGCGUUUGGGGCGGUGUGGAUGGUAAUGUUGUUGGCAAUGCUGAAGUCGAUGGGUCUGGUCCUGGAGCAGUUGUCGGGGGCUCGGAGGUGAUGAGGGGGGGCGUGGAGAUUGCCUACGAGUCUACUAUACCAUCCGAUUCUAGAGUUCAUGAUGCAACUCUAGCCAACGUCACUAGCCACGAGCCCGCCACUCUAGGGGACCAUGGCCCAGGUCGCACCACUUCUGAAAAUGUGAUGAGUCUUGAUACUGCGGGUACACUUGAUCUGGGGACACAAUUGUCUGCGGCACUAGACACCGCGGCGGGCGAUGAAGACGUGGAAAUGUCAUGAACGACGAAAUUCGAUUCGCAUCGCAUGAUACCCUUUUGUAUGAUAUUUGUAUUCAAAGACAUGAACCUAGUCACCGAAUUCGAAGGUCCUAUGUCGAAUUUCUUGCGGC